AUUAUCAAUCCGUGUCGCGGAAUCCCACGUUCAGCUAAUUCGCAUCAAUUGAGAGGUUGCUGGUCGGGUUUAAUUUUUGAUUGAGUCAAUUACUCCAAUUUUUCCCUGGAGUGACUCGCGACAAACCUCGCCAUGGCCGACUACCUUCUUUUCGAGGCCCCGAUGGGUUACUCGCUCUUCAAGACUGUACACCAGGCCGAUACCGUUGGUAACCGCUUGAAAGAAGUUCAAGAAAGUGUGUUGGAUCUUGCCAAAUUUGGAAAAAUGGUUGAGCUUGUCAGCUUUUUGCCAUUUGAAAACAAUAAGCAAGCCCUGAGCGAAAUCAACGACAUUUCCGAAGGUGUUGCUUCACAGACUCUUAUUUCAUUCCUUGAACUCAAUCUUCCCAAGGCGGGUAAAAAGAAGAAGGUCAGCUUGGGAGUGUACGAUCGUGUUCUGGCGACCAGCAUCAAGGCUGCUUUCCCAUCCGUCGAGUGCGAAACCGGUGACACCAGUGAAGUCGUGCAGGAUAUGCUUCGAGGCAUCCGAUUGCACUCAACAAAGCUUUUGAAAGGUCUCAGGGAGGGCGACUUGGAUACCGCUCAGUUGGGUCUCGGUCACGCCUACUCGCGUGCCAAGGUCAAGUUCUCUGUUCAGCGUGACGACAACCAUAUCAUCCAGGCGAUUGCUAUUUUGGACCAGUUGGACAAGGCCAUCAACACCUUCUCAAUGAGAGUGCGAGAAUGGUACUCGUGGCACUUUCCCGAGCUUAUCAAGAUUGUGUCAGAAAAUCAUCGCUAUGCUCAAGUUGCGCUUUUUGUCCAGGACAAGAAGACUUUGACUGAUAACCGUCUACACGAUCUUGCCGCCUUGGUAGAGGACGACGAAGGAGUCGCUCGCACCAUCAUUGAGGCUGCGAAACAUAGUAUGGGUCAAGAUAUCUCUGAGACUGACAUGGAGAAUGUCAUCUCUUUCGCCAAGCGCGUUGUGAGCUUGCACAACUACCGAAAGUCAUUGCACUCAUACCUUGUAUCCAAGAUGAGUGUUGUUGCCCCUAACUUGGCUGCUUUGAUCGGCGAAGUUGUUGGUGCUCGUCUUAUUUCUCACGCCGGUAGCUUGACCAACUUGUCCAAGUACCCGGCUUCUACUGUCCAAAUUCUCGGCGCAGAGAAAGCUUUGUUCAGAGCUCUCAAGACUAAGGGCAACACACCCAAGUACGGUUUACUGUAUCAUUCUUCGUUCAUCGGUAGAGCAGGGCCCAAGAACAAGGGCAGAAUCUCUCGCUUCCUCGCCAACAAGUGUUCUAUCGCCUCCAGAAUUGACAACUUUUCUGAAAUUCCAUCGACCAAGUUUGGCGAAGCUCUCAAGAAGCAGGUUGAAGAACGUCUGGAAUUUUAUGCCUCUGGUGCUCCCCCUACUAAGAAUGAAAUCGCCAUGAAAUCCGCCAUGGACUCUAUUCUCGCUGAUAUGGAAGUUGAUGAGCCUGAGGAUAGUGAUAUCGAGAUGGCCGACGAAGAGAAACCCAAGAAGGCUAAGAAGGAGAAGGAGAGCAAAGACAAGGAGAACAAGAAGGACAAGAAAGACAAGAAGGAUAAGAAGAGCAAAGAAGAGAAGAAGAAGCGAAAGCGCGACAGUGAGGUGGGCUCCUCCAAGAAGAAAUCUAAAGCUUGAUCAUUUUGGUUCGGCAUGGGAAAAGAACGUGUUCAUUUUAUGGCGUUGUUUUGGAUCUUUGGCGCUCAUCGCUUUGCUUGAUUUCCUUUUGAUUUAUUGUCAGAUAACGACUCUGAUAUUGUGUGGUUCUCUUCUUGGAUUUAGUUGUUGCUGUAAAAAUACUACUAUCAGUUACUACCAUGACU